AUGGAUGAUAGAAGGAAUGAAGUGCUCGCGGUAGCAAUUCUGUUCUUCCUAUUGACAUGGCUCACCGUAGGCUUGAGAGUCUACGUACGAGCAGUGAUGCGCAAGUCAUGGGGUGGCGAUGAUUGGUGGAUGACGGUUACUCUGGCCUUCUUCACAGUGUAUGUCGUCUUUCAGAUAGUAGCAGCAAUAUACGGAACAGGAAGACACAGAUGGGAUUUGGAUGAUAGCGACACUAGAACAGCACUUCUGUUCUGGUAUCUUUGUGAAUUGCUCUAUGUGGUGAGCAAUUGUUGUUUGAAGAUUGCGCUCGGCAUUUUCUAUCUUCGAGUAGCUAUCAGGCCUUGGCACAUAUGGUGCAUUCGAAUACUGAUGUUUGGAACUGUUCUCUUCGGUCUUUGCUAUCUAUUCCUUGCCAUGUUCCAGUGCAUCCCAGUCUCUGAAUUCUGGAACAACCACCCCGCUUCAGGCAAAUGUAUCCCAAAGGGCCCAACUUUGGGCAUCACGUAUGCACUUGGGGCGUUGAAUGCGUUUGCAGAUUGGGGAUUCGGCAUUCUGCCAUUCUUCAUCGUCUGGGGGCUGAAGAUGAAGACCAAGACCAAAGCGCUGGUUGCUGGCCUCUUGGCUUUCGCAGCGAUUGGCAGUACAGCAACGAUUGUGAGAAUGCAAUAUAUACAUACUCUUAAUGACGGGGAGGAUUUUCUGUGGGCUACAACCGAUGUAGCGAUAUGGUCAACGGUUGAGCCUGGCAUUGGCAUCACUGCGGGCUCCAUUGCCACAUUGCGGCCUCUUCUUCAGAACAUCAUGUUCCACUGCGGACUGGCUUCAAGCCCAACUUCAGCGCAUAUAAGACACUAUGAUCGCCCAUCACGGCCUUCGCGCAGUGGACCGAAGCAUCGUGGAUAUCGUCGAGAGAUUGGGCUUUCGGAUUUGGUACCGAGCAAAGAAGGAAGCACUUCAACGACUAUAUCAGGGCCUCCAAUACUAGAGAAGCCAGAGAUGAAGAAGAAGAAUAGUGAGGAUAGCAUGAGAGGCACACCCGUGGAGACGCGCGAGGGUGUUGGCGACAUUCGAGUCGAUCUGAGUGUACUAGUAGAGCUCGACGAGGAGCCUCCCCGAUUGUUCCUAAGGGACAGUUUCCGGCAUAGUUUCGUGCGAGGCAGCAUAUUGUCGGGGUUUAAUCGAGGCAAAUGAUGAAUGAACUGAUGAUUUGUUGAUGAAUUUCCACAUUUUGACAGAUGAGGCGCAGUGGGGAACCCGUGAUCGCCACAUCACGAUACUCAACUUCGUUAACAUUCGCAUUGCUUCUAUGCGCGUGACCGUUUGGUAUAGUGCUGUGCAUAUAUUCUUCUCUCGGUCUCUCUUCUCGUUGCUUGGUAAAUCA